CAGCUGUUAGCCAUGUCCGUGGAUGUGGUGCCGCAUCGAUUAUGAAACUCAAAGGUGGAAGCCCAACGCACGGCAACGGGCCAGGCGCAGGCGGCAACGAUUGCCCGGCGUCGCACGCUCAUGUCCAUGGCAAAAUGUCGCGGCAAAUCCAUGCUAAACGAUGAGCAGCCCGAGCCACAGCAACAGCAACAACAGCAACAGCAACAACAACUGCAACAACCGCAACAAAACUAUUUACCUCAAACAUCUUUGCUGAAAAUCGAACCGUUUGUUCCUAGUUUUAAUCAACGUCUGCGCCGGCGUCCUAUUGGUCGCUCCCACAGCACCCUCAGCCACCAUGUUAUACAGAAGCGCGUCCAAGUCGCCGUCCAGCCUCCGACGGAACUGCUCGUCGGGCAGCAGCAGCAGCAGCUGCGGCGCAGCUAUGCUCCUGCCCAGCAUCGGCUGCAGCGCGGCACCGUCACCCGGCAGCGCUCCAAGUCCACCUCCUCGUCGGCGGCCUCGAACAGUUGUCGGCCGGCGACAUCAGCUGCCGCCGCCGUCGCCUCCGCUGGAUCUGCUGCUGCUGUUGGUGCUGUUGUCGCCGCCGCCACGCCCCACACGCUGGUGGGCAGCACGGGCGGCACUUUGGUCAGCGGCGCGAUUGUGACGCCGCAGCCGAAUGGAAUUUGUCGCAUCCAGCGUCUGGCCAAGGAGCGGGAGGAGCUGCCCGAUCGCAUCAACUACGAUCGUCGGGGUCUAACUGCCAUACCCAUAUUCGAGCAGGAGCCGAAUCUGCGACUGCUCUCGCUGCAGCACAAUCUGAUCAACACCUUUCACAUACCCAAGGAGCUGCCAGUGGCACAGCCUGCUCCACAGCCUACGCCGCGCGAGCAGAGCCAGCAGAUCAACCAGAAUGUAUGCAACAAGGCCACGCCGGAGCCGCGUUCCGGACUGCGUGGACAUCCGACAUAUUCGCGUCUGACGCGCACCAUGAGCCACGUGAGCAACGGGCGUUUGGCCUCGCCCAACUCCGGCAGCCCCUGCUCGGGCAGCCCGCUGACCGCCCAGGCGGUGGCCAUCAAUGGCGGCACCGCAUAUCGCUCGAAGCUGACGAAGCGAGGCUUCAAUUAUGCCCAGGCACAGCUGACGCCGCCGCCGGCGCUGCGGCUGCGCCACGGCCUGGAGAAGUCGAAGAGCUUUGUGUCCAACAGCCUGCAGCAGCAGCUGAUGCAGCGGCGGCAGCUGCUCCGGGCGCAGGCCGGACUCCAGGCGGCUGCGGGGCGAACUCCCGAGCAGCAGCAGCUGCAGCAGAGCUGCGACGAGGGCAGCGUACAGUCAGGAGGCGGAGCAGGAGCUGGGGAGGAGGCGGAGGAGCUGCUCAGCAGCUGCUCGCAGCUGGAGCAGCUGAGCAUCAAGAACAAACAGCUGAGCCUGAGCGCCUGCUACGGCAACAUCUUCCAUCAGUUGGUCUUCCUGGAUCUCUACGACAAUCAGAUCGAACGCAUCGCCAAUCUGGAUGGAUUACCCGCGCUCUCCGUGCUGCUGCUGGGCAAGAAUCGCAUUACGGACAUUGGCGGCCUGUCGUCGCUGAGAGCGACGCUGCGCGUCCUGGAUCUGCACGGCAACAAGCUGACAAGCCUGGGCAGCCGGAUCAGCUGCCUGCAUCAGCUGAAGUCCCUCAAUCUGGCCGGCAAUCAAAUACGGCAGAUCAAUCAGCAGGAUUUCCACGGGCUGCGCUGCCUGCGCGAGCUGAACCUGAAGCGGAACAAGCUGCGACGCAUCAAUGGCUUCCAGCAUCUGCUGGCGCUGGAGCGGCUCUGGCUGUGCCACAACGAGCUGCAUCGCGUCGACGACAUGGCGAGCAUUGCGCGUGCCGUGCGCCUCCUGGAGGUGACCAUCGAGAAUAAUCCCGUCUCGUUGGCGGGGGAUUGUGUGUCGUUUCUGGUGUCGCAUCUGCCGCUGCUGCAGUCGCUCAGCCAGAUGCCCAUCACGGAGCAGGUGCGUCGCGCCGCACUGGCCUGGCGCCAGCACAAGGAGCAGGCACUGGCCACGCACGGCAGCCGGCGCGAGGAGGUCAUCUCGAAUGCGCGCACCAACUGGGAGCUGUUGCGUUCGCAGCAAACGCUGGGCAGGCCCAAGGCAGGCAAGCUGACCAGCGAGCUGGCCAAGAUCAAUGAGUCCAACGAGGCGGCCGUCUCCGAGGAGCCGGAACAGAUGCCUCAACAGCAGCCGAGGGAUGAGCUUGCCGAGCUGCAGGCGCUGUUCAAGCUGCCGCUCAUCGCUUCGAAGCCCAAGCUGGACGAGGAGGAGGAUGCCUCGUCGACGGCCUCCAGUCUGGGACCCAAUGUGGACUCCUGCUCCAGCUGCUACAGCACGGACAACGAGGAGGCCAACAAGUUGUCCCAACCACAGAUCGACGAGAACUGCAACAAACUGGGAGCAGCUCCUCCUCCGUCUCCCACUGCUCCUCCUCCUGCUCCUCCGUCCGCCUCGUCCACGACGCCCGCUCUGACCCUGACGCCGCCCGCUUCCGGCACACCUGUGCCCGCUGCCACGCCCACACCAACACCACCGCCCACCACUGUGACGCUGCCCCUGCCAACCACGCCCGCCGCCAGCAGCGCCCGUCCCGGCAGCAGCAGCAGCGGCGGCGGCAAGCAACGCCUGCGCCAGACGACGCCCAUCAUGCAGCUGGGUCUGCAGGUGAACCGGGGCAAUCCGGCAGGCUGCUCCAAGCGCUACAUGACCGGCAGCCUGGUGCGCUCCCAGACCAUCAGCAGCAGCAGCGGCGCCAGCAACAGCAGCAGCUCCAACAGCGCGGGACGCGCCAAGCAGAGCCACAACAAUGUGCCCAAUGUCGUCUCCCUGUUGCCGCCGCAGAGCAAGGCGGCAGCAGGAGCAGGAGCAGGAGCUGCUGCUCCUCCCCCUGCGCCAGCCACGCCCACGCCCACACCAGGCACUGGCAUGACCGUGUCGAAGCCGAGCGCCGCGGAGCGUGAGCGAGAGCAGGGCGGAGAUUAUCUGAUAGAGAUCUGCGGCAGAUACCUGAAUAUCUAUGGGCAGGGCGCGCUGCGUUUCAUCGACAAGCAAUGGAAUCCGGCGAAGGCGAACGAUGUGCACACCCUCAACUUUAGCUACAUCAACUUCAAUAGCAUUGUCUGCAUGCUGGGCAGGAUUAAGAUACGCUUCCCCCAUGCCGAGCACUUUGUGUUCCGCGAGACGAACAUCAGCUCGCUCGGGCAGCUGAAUGCGCUCGCGGAGCUGCAGGGUCUCAGCUCGCUGCUGAUCGAUGCCGAGGGCAAUGCCAUAACGGGCAAGCCGGACUGGCGCGCCUAUGCCAUCUACAGGCUGUCCCACUGGGGCCUCAAGCAGCUCAAUGGCCAGGAGAUCGGCGAGGCGGAGACGGAGCAGGCGAAUGCCAUGUACACGGGACUCUCGAAUCUGGUGCUCUGGUCCAUGCCCGAUGGCAUGCUGCAGCCGCUGCUGGCGCGGCUGCGCCUCGACGAGAGCUGCACGGCCAGCAAGCUGUCGCCCAAGGAAUGGCUGCUGCGACCCGAAAACAAAUCCCUGCGCCUGGUCGUCGGCAAGGAGGCGCUCCAAUGGAAGAAGACAACGGCCACGACAACCGGCGUGGAGGGUGGACACAUUGCGAUGGCGCCCAGUGCCCGAGAUCGGGGCAGGCAGCAUUUCGCGCUGCUGCUGGAGAAUACCUGCAAUGCGGUCGAGAAGCUGCACAAGCUGGAGACGCUCUGGCCCAGCAUGCUGAUGGACAUUGUGCGCAAUACGCUGCUCGACUAUGCCCAGCUGGAUGUCUAUCUGCGCAAUCUGAUGGCCGAGCUGAUGAAGUGAAACGGAGCCGGCCAAGUGCCAGGCAUGGGCCAAUUUGCCACUGUGAUUGAAGAUCUAGAGACUCGGAUACUCAAUCGAACCGACAGACUCGAACCGACGUUCGAUCUGCUCUGCGACAUGUUCGAGUGCAACCUGUUCGACUGCAACCGAGAUGUUCGAGCUUGGAGAUCGAUUGCCGCACCGAACAUUUGUUCGAAUAUCCGAAAAGCAGGACUCUACUUCAGGCUUAAUCCCACUAGAAGGAACUCCCAGUUGGAGCAGUGUUGGCUCGUGUCAGGUUUGUAGAUGUUUUGUUUUAGACUUAAACGCUUUUAGUGGAGAAUUGGCACCCAAAAAAAAACAGUUAACGUUAUUCCUAUGAUCCUAGGCAUUUACCUCCCCCCCCCAAAUAACCCCAAUGUAACCAAUUCUUGUAAAGCAACAACCGUGCAUAUAUAGUCCAAUUUUUAUAUAAAUUUAACAUUAAACUUAAACAAUAAAUUACAAAGA